UGUUACCGCAACGCCGUGAUCUACUUUCCUUCCUCGCACGCAGUGCGAUUCACUACCUUAGCCAGAUCACCAACCCACUAGUCAACCUAUAUUGAAGUAUGGACGGACGAGGCUACAGUUCGGGCUUCUCCGGUUGGGGUGGAGGUGGCGGAGGAUCUUCAAGCAGAGACCUGUACGGGUACAAGGACUCCAUGUCGGGCGGUGGGGGGUUUGGGAGUGGUGGUGGUGGUGGCGGCGGCGGUGGGGGCUAUGGCGGCAGCCUAAUGAAGAGGGGGCUCUCCGGGGGCUCGGGGCUGUCCUCCACGGGCACUAACGCGGACGCAGUCAUCGCCAAGAUCAACCAGCGCCUGGACAUGCUCACACAGCUGGAAGGUGGCAUGAAGGGAGGCGGUGGUGGUGGAGGCGGCGGCGGUGGUGGUGGUGGUGGUGGCCGCAGCGACAGGUUUGACCAAUACGAUUCCUUCGACUCUCGCUCCUCCUCCUCCAUGGGGCCCCGAGAUCUCUACAGAUCUGGUAGCUAUGGUUACGGCGACAGCCGGGGAGACCUGCUGACCUCGCGAGGCAGCAGCCUAGGCUACGGGGCCGGGGGUGGAGGAGGCGGCGGGAUGGGGGGCGGAGCCUUGGGCUUAGGCGGAGGCAGCGCUGGGGGCGGAGGCUUUGAAGGCCACUCCUCCUACGGUGCCAAAAUGCGUCAGCCGCAGAUGCCCUCCCGCGACACCUUCUCCGGCUCCGGCUGGGGAGGGUCCGGGGGUGGCCAGCGCUCCCCCAGGAGGGGCUCCGGAGGCGGAGGCGGAGGAGGCACGGGGGGUGGGGGUUUGGGCGGCCGCGGCUUCGGCCGACGGCAGGACAACCCCCCCAUGGGCCCCGGCAGUGGUGGCGGCGGCGCCGGUCUCGGCGGGGGCCGUGCCGGAGCCCACAGUCACAGUCACGGCCACGGCCACGGCAACUCCCCGGGCCACGGCCACUCCCCGGGCGGACGAGGCAAGCUGCCGUCCCUGCUGGGUCAGCGCAUGUACCCCGAGACCGGGGGCUUCCAGGCACCCCCCCACGGCCCCCAGGACUACUCCUCUCCUCGGCAGUUUGGAGGGGGCCCCCGGGCCAAUCGCCAGCGGGGGCGCAAGAGACCCCUCAACCGACAGGUGAAAUCGCCCCGCGAUGGACAGAAGAAGAGGAAGAAGACCCAGAGUGCGGGAGACGAGCCCGAAUCCAAAGUGGGCAAGACCGAGAGCAAGGACGCACCAGAGCCCGCUAAAGAGGUCAAAGUUGUCGAAAGUGCUGAGGCCAGCGGAGAAAAAGUCAAGGAGGAGGCCAAGGAUUCCGCUGCUGCAGCCAAGCCUGCCGCUGAAGGAGACAAAGGAGGCGUGUCCAUCCAGGAGGAGAUCUCCCAGAUCAAGCAGAAGCUCCAGGGCAAGCAGACCCCGCCGCAGGAGGAGGGGCUUCCCAAGUUCAAGAAACGCCGCGGCUUCAUGGAGAUGUCAGGGGUCAAGUUCAACGCCCAGAGGAUGAUGUUUGCCUGCUCUGUGUGCAAGUUCCGCUCCUUCUACAGCGAGGACAUGGCCGCCCAUCUGGAGAGCAAGUUCCACAAGGAGCACUUUAAGUUCCUGUCCAAUCAGCUCACCAAGCCCACCACCGAGUUCCUGCAGGAGUACCUGAACAACAAGUUCACGAAGACGCAGCAGAGGAUCACCCAGAUAGACAACUUCAGCGCUGCCAUCUGCCAAGUAUACAAGGAGCAGGAUCUGACCAGAGAGAUCGGCAUGGAGCACUUCAUGAAGAAGGUGGAGGCGGCUCACUGUUCGGCCUGUGACGUCUUCAUCCCCAUGCAGUUCCACCUCAUCAAGAAACACCUGCGCUCGCCAGACCACAACUACAACUGCAAGGGUAUGAUGGAGAUGUCAAAGGGUCACAGUCUGUCCGUGGCUCGCAGCAUCCUCAACCACAAGGUCAUCGGCAAGAAGCUGGAGAGCUACCUCAAGGGCGAGAACCCCUUCCUCGGUAACCAGGACGACCAGGACCCCGACGACUCGAUGGCGAUGGACGGCUCUGAGGCAGAGGCGGGCGGUCAGAGCCUGCCAGAGGCGGAGCUUAAGGACGGCGAGGAGGAGCCAAAGCCUGAGGGCAACGGUACCCAUGACGACGACGGCGAAGACGCAGCACCCGCUACCGAAGAACCGGAGACUGAGCGUACAGAGAUCAAGAUGGAGGGUGAGGACGGAGCUAACAGAGGGGAGGAGGAGGAGGGAGAGGAUGGUGUCGAGCUGGGGGAGGAGGAGGCUGAUGACGAGGGCGUUGAGGGAGACGAGGUUCUCGACGAGGGAGACGAGGUUCUCGACGGCGGAGACGAGGUUCUCGAGGGAGGAGACGAGGGAACCGACGCAGGAGACGAGGUUCUAGAAGGAGGGGAGGAGGAGGCGGACGCAGCAGAAAAGAUGGAGAUGGAGGAGGAGAAAGAGGAGGAGGAGGAGGAGGAGGAGGCGACAGCGACAGAGCAAGAAGGGGACGCAGCUGAUGGCGACAAGAAGGCAGAUGACUCGACCAACGCAGAUGUGGUUGUCAUUGAGUAACAAUCCCCCCCCCCCCCCUUUCCCAGCCACAUGACCUCUUGACCUUUAGUAUGUGUACUCUACCAGGCGCGCCCCACCCAGUCACAUACACACACACACACACCUCUGCCCACCUGGUCCUGGAAAGCUGAACCCAGUGGUGCCCCCCUGCCCAGUGUUGAAGUGAUCGGGGUGAAAUCUCCACCAGUAAACAGCUGGUCUCUGAACAGCGGUUAACCCUCACUACUUUAGCCACUGACUUUUUGUUUGUUUGUUUGUUUGCUUGUUUGUUUUUGUACGACCUUUUGGCCCUCAUUCACACCCCAGGCCAAACGAGAAACCGACCCACCUGCCCUCUUCCCAACUGUGACACUUAGGACCAAUAAGUAACGCCCACCCCCAAGUCUCCUCCCAGCCCAGCCAAUGAGCCGUCACUGUAUCACUUCAUCCAGCCAAUCAGAAAGUCUUGUUUUCCAGGGGACCUCCUGCCUCCCAGCUUGUGUACAAAGUCAUACGCCUGAAAUGUUUGUUUUUUUUUUGUUUUUAUUUUGAUCUGCUUAUUUGUUUUCUCCCCUCUCCCCCCUUUUGUAAAUAGGCUAACCUUUUUCGUGCCUUCGGGUCUGAAUUUGUGUUCGAGAAUUUGAUUGGUUUCUCAGUCUCAUGAGGUUUUAUUGGUAGUGACACAGAAAAUGCCGUUAGAGGCUUUUGAUGGGCAAAUGGCACUCGUCAAAAAUAAUCAUAUACAUACAUUGUUUCGGUGUUAAUUUUAAAAGGUGGGAUUUGUCAUUCUUUUUUUGUUUUUGGUGUCUGUGGAUUUUUUUUUAGGUGUCGGAAUAUUUGUUUUCUUUUCUUUUUUUAAAUUUUGUGCUGUCUUUAGAGAUUUUAGUUGACCUAUUGUUUUACACGAGGAAUUCUUUUUUGGUCAUGAAUUUUCUUUUUUUUUGACCUUCAGAAAUAAAUGUUUAUAACUCAAA